AUGUACCUUGACGCGAUGUCUCGCCAGUUCGGCCCCUUCAUCAAACGUGUCAUCAACCACGCAGAAUUUACCCAAUCGCACACACUGCUGAUCACCGCACUCAAAGUUAUCCAGCAGUCGCCAUUCUGCGAGAACAACUGGAAAGAUGUGGUCUAUCACAAUUCAAUUACGGGAGAGAUCCUGCUGUACGCGGAAAAAGACCAGCUCGGUUUUCCGUGGUCGUCUUUCGACGUUAAAAAUAAGGUGGCCAGUUGGAGGAAAUAUGGCCUGGUGCAUAAUGAGGUAUAUUUUAACUUCGUGUUGAAUGGAGACUUGAACAACAAAGAUUUUUGCAACGAUAUGAGCGUUUUGAAGGUCAAGGACAGCACAUGGUACAUCCCAAAAUUCUAUGAGUCCCUCGGAGACAUCUUUAGCGUCUGUCUCUGUAUACUUGAGAAGCGAAGCAAUAGCCUUCUCACCUGGGGCAUAAACUUGAAGAAAAUGAGAGCUACAAAUUAUAUCAACGAGCUUGUGGUCAAAGAACUCCAGGAGAUGCUAGAAAAAAAUGUCUUUGAAGAGCUUGGUAAAUUUGAACAAAGCGAUUAUCAAGACAUACCUUUGCGUCAACUGUUCUUGGUCGAUCGAAUGUUGGACAGUGACCUGAUAAUUGAAAAUAUACAAUAUUUCAAAAAUCUGAGAGCACAGUUGAUUGGGAUCAUGAGUGAUUCUUUAUUGAAAAAUCUCAAGGACAGCGCAAAGUAUCUGAGACAAUGGGCUACGGAUGGAAGGAUGACUUCUAAGCGCUCCACGGAAUUGCUUUGGUAUAUAAAGUCCAUGAUCAAAGAUUCCAUGAUCAAGGAUUCCAUGAAUCUAAUUCUACGACAAGAGGCAUGCAAUGUUAUCGCUCAUUGGUUGCACGAGGAAAUUUUGGACCGGAAUGACUUGGAAUUGGACACGGACGAACAGCUUCCUCAGCUGUGUCCGAACCUGUACUAA